AUGAAACUUCUUUCCAUUGCUUCCACUGCACUUUGCUUGCUAACCAGCGUCUCUGCUGCUGCUGCCCCAACUUUUAGCACUAUUCUUCCCAAUAGCGCUCAAAUCAAGGCUGCUGCUGCCACUGCCUCCACCAACUCGUUCAAGAAUGCCAAGUAUGUUUCUGGUGCUGCCUUUGACCGUAUUGUAUACAUUUUCCUUGAAAAUACUGAUUACAGUAAGGCCAUAGGUGACUCUCACCUUAAGAAACUCACUAAAGAGGGUAUUCUUCUUACCAACUACUUCUCUUUGACUCACACCUCUGAGCCUAACUAUAUGGCUUCUGCUGGUGGUUCUUACUUUGGUUUGGGUGACGACAACUUUGUUCGUCUUCCCCAAAAUGUCGCUACCGUUGUUGAUUUGUUGGAGUCCAAGAAUAUCACUUGGGCGGAGUAUGAAGAAGAUAUGCCCUACACUGGCUACCAAGGAUACCAAUAUCUUAACCAAAAGACUGGUGCAAAUGACUACGUCCGUAAGCACAAUCCUUUUAUUUUCUAUGAUUCCGUGGCCUUGAAUCCUUACCGUUCUGCCAAUAUUAAGAACCUGACCGAGUUUAAUGCUGACCUUGCUGCUGAAGCUCUUCCUCAAUGGAUCUUCAUUACUCCCAAUAUGACAGACGAUGGCCACGACUCCAACAUCGCUACUGCUGGUGCCUGGUCUUACAACUUCUUGACUCCUUUGCUCUCUAACAGUUACUUCACCAAGAACACUUUGGUCGUUCUUACUUUCGAUGAGAAUGAGACUUAUUCCGAUCAAAACCAAGUCUAUGCUGUUCUUUUGGGUGACAUUCCCAGCGAUCUCAAGGGAACUAAGGAUAAUACUUUCUAUGAUCACUACUCUCUCAUUGCCUCUGUUCAAGCCAACUGGGGACUUCCUAUGCUCGGCAGAGGAGACUGUGGUGCUAAUGUCUUUGAUCUCAUUGCUCAGAACACCGGAUACACCAACCAGAAUGUCGACACUACCAACCUCUACAACAACCAAUCUGCCCCAGGAUACUUCAGCGAUUCCUCUCUUCCUAUCCCCUCCCCAUCCACCUGCGACAACCCUGCUGGUGGAAUCUCCGAGCCUAUUUCUGCUGCCCCGACUACUUGGAACGUCCGCAAAGAGUACCCCAACCAGUGGUAA